CCCUAAAGCUAAUAGCGGCGAUUUCACAGGCGACAUCAAGCUCCACCGACGCAAACUCUUUUUCUAGGUACACUUCUCUUCUUCUCCAAAGCUUCGAACAUCAUGGAAGGGAAGGGAAAUUGCAGAGACUUACUUGAAUUGGAACACAAGAAUCCGUCUUCUUCUUCCUCCUCUGCUAUUGAUUCAGCACUUUUGAUCCGUAAGGAGAAGAAGAGGGAGGCUCCUCCAUCGAAGCCAACGACAGCUCCAGUUCCCAAAAGCGAGUUUCUCGACAAAGUUAAAGGCUUUCUGGGGAUCAUGGCGGAAGCUAACAAAAAGUUGGAGCAAGAAACAGAGGAAGGAAACUCUGAGGCUUUUGAUAUCGAAGCACUUACGGGGAACGAAUCUCAAGUGAUCGAGAUGGAUUUGAUGCUCGGUGUUGCUGAUCUCAACACACCUGAAGCAGUCAGUGCGGCUGAAGCAGCUAUUGCCGGUAAUGGUGUGGCUAACAGAAGUGGAGGAGAUUCAAGCAGCGAUGAGAGUGAUGGUGACCACGACGAAGAUGAUGAUGAUAAGAUGUGCUCUUCAGGUGAAGAAAGUAGCAGAAAAGGAACCAAGAUCGUUGAGCUCUCUUGAGAUUCAUCAGUUGUGUUUUGUCGAAAAAGAAACACUUGGCAAUUAUGAUUAGUUAUAACCGUGAUACUGCCUGGUAACUUGUCUGUCAAUGGAGGCUUUUCCCCCAUCGAUGGACCAACGCAUUUGAGAGUAAUGGCUGCACAUGUAGUAACCAUAGCUUCUAUAGAAUCAAUUAACCAUAGAUAAGACACGUUUUGUAUAGACAUACAGAUAAGUCCAGACGCUAUAUUCUUUCGGGAGGGGGUUCUCAGCUGAUGCUCUUUCAACAUCAAGUUUCUUUAAACCUGUAAUCUCAAGCAGGGGAGACUCUAUUACAUCUACUUUUUUUUCUGGUAGAAACUUGCAUGAAUAGAAGAAAACAGGAUUCGGAAACCAACAUAAUACUAUUUUGGUUGUGAAAGAUUAGACUGAAGAAGAUAUAUAGUUUUGCAAAAUGUACCUAGGGUGGUCCUGGUGGAGCAGCUCAAUCUCCUCAGGCUUGUCAUUCAACUUUGACAUCACCAUACGGGACAUACCUGAGAUCGUCCAAAAUCAUACAAAUCAAAGUCCUGCCGCUGCAAUCAAACUAUAAGAUUGACCAAGAAGAGUUGACGGUUUACCGGAUUUCAGACUCCAUCUUCUCACGAGCUCUGACCUGAGCAUAAACCGAUAUAUAUAUUCAGAUAUUAAAGAGCAACUAAAGGUAGCCAAUAUGUUGAACAUAUUUGCAAGACAAGUUAAGGGUGGUAAGGGCUGGUAACUGUUCACAAAGUCAAAGAGCACCCAUUUCCUGAA